GCCGGUUCGGUUCAAACUUAGCCGAUGCAACGGCAGCCGCAGAACCCCGUUACGUGCAGGACGGUCAAGGCACAACCAUUCCAGCACAAGACUUGAUUUGGAUUGGACGCACCGUGCUGGACAAAGGCAUGGCAGUCGCUGUGGCCAUGGGCGAUUUGACGUUGCUGUCCCAGGCAGGCUCACCCUCGAGGGGGAAGAAAGGCGGGUCUCACCUCACGCCGCCGGGCAAGAGCUCGCCGCCACGUGUCAUCAAGGCCAACGCGUGGAGCACCCCGGACCGGUAUGAGCUGCGAGGGAGGAUCGGUACAGGCUCCUACGGCACAGUCCGCGAGGCCCUGGAUGAGGAGGGCGGCCGGAUGGUGGCCAUCAAGCGGAUCCACUCGGUGUUCAGCAACAAGAUCAACAGCAAGCGGAUCCUGCGCGAAGUCGCAAUCCUCCAGCGUCUGGAUCACCCCUACAUCGUGAGGCUCCAUGACGUGAUUCUGCCGGAGGAGGAGUCCGACGCACUCUACCUGGUCAUGGAGCUGGGGGAUGCUGACCUGAAGUCCCUCUGUGCCCAAGAGGUGUACCUGGAGGAGCUCCAGGUCAAGUUUGUACUUUAUCAUUUGCUGGUGGGCUUGAAGUACCUGCACUCUGCUGGCAUCUACCACCGGGACCUGAAGCCCUCCAAUGUGCUGGUGAAUCAGGACUGCAACGUGAAGAUCUGCGAUUUCGGCAUGGCGCGCGCUGUGGGUGAGGAGUCGUACGACCAGGAGCCGGAGCCCGACAAGGCGGCCAGGGUCAUGACGCAGCACGUCGUGACGCGCUUCUACCGCGCGCCGGAGCUCAUCUUGCUGGAGGAGAGCUACACGGAGGCCAUCGACAUGUGGUCGGCCGGGUGCAUCGCGGUAGAGUUGGCGGAGAUGAUGGAGUCCUACUCCGCGCAGGACCGCGGCCCGCUCUUCCCGGGGUCCACGUGCUUCCCGCUGUCGCCGGACUGGAAACACAAGAAGGAUGUGGCCUUCCACUCGGAGGGCUGCCAGGAGCAGCUGAACGUGAUUUUCGACGUGAUCGGCACUCCCUCGGAAGCUGACACCUCCCGGCUGCGGGAGGAAGCGCGGAGCUACAUCCGCUGCUUCCAUCCCCGUCUCGGCAGUGGGAUCCAGCCUCGCUUACCUAGCGCCAACCCUGGCAUCGUGGACGUGAUCGAGCAGCUGCUGCGCUUCAACCCCAAUGAGCGUGCCAGCGCCGAGGAGGCCUUGACCCAUGGUAUCUUCAGCGAGAUCCGGAAUGUGAGCAAGGAGGUGGUGGCGCCUGGCUACAUCACCUUGGAGUUUGAUCAGGAGCCUGACCUCACGGAGGAGCAAUGGCGGCAAUGUUUUCAAGAGGAGAUUUCGGGAUUUCAUCGUGCUCGCUUGGGACGCUAAAGAGCGUUCCGCUCGCCGAUCCGCUGAUCGACGCGUGUGCGGACUCGCGACAGCUUUGAGCUGCAGAGCUCAGUGAAUUCGCUGCAAGUGCUCAACGCCGUUGGGGUACGCAU